AUGAACAACCACGCCCAAGACUCCGUGGUAAAUGACCCAGAGUUCAAGGACGAAAAAGGCUCUGAAAUAUCGCCAACCCCGCCUCUCAAGGUAGAGGAUGUCGAACAAAAUGGAUCAAUGGUCGAGAUUGAUGCAGCCACUGAAGCAAGACUACUGAGAAAGCUGGACAUUCGCAUCGUACCUAUGAUCUGCUGGAUCUACCUGAUGAACUUCAUGGACCGAGUCAACAUUGGCAAUGCUCGUCUUUACGAAAUGGAGGCAGAUCUUGGUAUGGACCCAAACACCAACCAAUUCCAGAUCGCAGUAUCUAUUCUAUUCGUCACCUACGUCAUAUUUGAGACACCUUCGAACCUCAUCUUGAAGCGAAUGAAGCCGGCGCGGUACCUAGCCGGUCUGAUGUUUAUGUGGGGCUUAGUAGCCACAUUCUCAGCCUUUGUCACCAACUUUGCUGGGCUCGUAGCUUGUCGCCUCCUCUUAGGCAUGUUCGAAGCAGGUCUAUUUCCGGGCGUCAUUCUCUACUUGAGUAUGUUCUACAAUCGGCGCAACGUCAGUCUGAGGCAGGCGUGGUUCUAUGGCACAUCUGCACUAGCAGGUGGACUAGGGGGUGUCGUUGCGUACGCUAUCGGUGAAAUGGAUGGCGUGGGUGGUUGGAAUGGAUGGCGCUGGAUCAUCGUCAUUAAUGGUAUCCCAACCGUCCUAACCGCCAUUGCUGUACCUUUUGUCCUCCCGAACAGCCCAGAGACUGCGAGCUUUUUGACCGAAGAGGACCGACGAAACCUAGUCUUGCUUCGCAUGAGGGAGAUUGGCCAGACGACAGCCGGUCAAGAGUUACUGAAAGAAGACGUUAUGAAGGGUGUAAAAGACUGGAAGGUGUACGCCUACGCCAUCGCUCAAUUCGUUGGGCUUGGCAUGCUUUACAGCUUCUCUGUGUUCCUACCCACUAUUAUCAAUGGCCUUGGAGGCGGGUGGAAUCGCCAGGUGGUUCAGGCUUUGACCAUUCCUGUAUACAUUGCCGGGUUCAUCACCUACGUCGCGGGGGCCUACUACAGUGACAAGACUCAAAAUCGAGGCUUGUUCUGCAUCGCUGGGCUUGCUGUCAGCAUGAUUGGAUACAUCUUCCUCAUCGCCAAUAAAGGGCUUGGUCUCAGCUUCGCUGGCUGCUUCAUCGUCGCGCUCGGUUUAUGGGUAGCCACCGGUAUCGCCUUCUCCUGGAUUGGCGUGAACAACCCGCGAUAUGGAAAGCGAGCCUUUGCCAGCGGUAUGCAAAUCACCAUCGGUAACUGCUCAGGUGUUGUGGCGCCUUUCUUGUACGCCGCUGAGGAUGCUCCUCAAUUUACUGCUGGCUACGGUGCGACCAUCGGACUGCUGGCGCUUGGUAUCGCCAUCUAUGUUGCGCUGCAUCUUUACUUCCGGAUGAAGAACCAACGCAAGCUUUCUGGUAAAGAGGAUUGGAGGAUCGAGGGGAAGACUGAGGAGGAGAUUGCGGAGAUGGGCGAGGAUAACCCGAGGUAUUUGUAUACUAUCUAG